GUACAAAGGUUGCAAGCAUAGAUGAUAAGUUUCUCAAGUGAAUGUUCUCUCGUAGAUUUGAAAAAUGUUACGCAUAUUUAUUUCUUAUGUUGCGUUACUACAAAAGACAAUUUUAUAUUGUUCUCAUAUUGUCCAUUGUUUUCCUAAUGUAAGUAUAAGGUAACUGUGUUAUCUAUGCGACUAAUCGCCGAAAGUGGAGAUCAUUUGCUGAAAGAGAUAUGUAAACCAUUUUGCGAAAUCGGUAGGCUGUUUUGGCGGAAGCGGUCUACCAACUCCAACAAGUAGUUGUAAGUUGAUGGUAAGUGUGUCACCUGUCGACACAUUGCCAGAAGCGGUAGACCGACUGCCUCGAGUGGUAUACCACUUGGUGGAAGAGGUCAACCACUUAAGGUAAUUGUGUCAUCAGGUCAACCCAUUUCUGAAGCGGUAGACCAGUUGACUUAAGUGGUAUAGCACUUGGUGGAAGAGGCCGACCAUUUUCUUGGAAAGUGGUCGACCACUUGGUGGAAGAGGUAGACCACUUGGAGGUAAGUGUGUCAUCAGGUCGACCCAUUUUUGAAAGUGGUAAACCGGAUGACUCAAGUGAUAAACCACUUGGUCAAAGAAGUUGACCGCUUGAAGGUAAGUGUGUCAUUAGGUCGACGCAUUUCCGGAAGUGGUAGACUACUUGGUGGAAGAGGUCGACCAUUUUCUGGGAAAGCGGUCGACCACUUAAUGAAAGAGGUCGACCGAUUUCUCCAAGUUACAAUGACUUGCAAGUCGCCGUAGGCAUACCCUAACCUUAAAAACUUAACAUCGAACCCACCACAUCAUAAAAACUCGUCACGUCAUAUAGCUCCAACCUAACCCAACCCAAUAACCUAUGAUAGGCCCACUCAAAUUAAAAUUAAAAUUAAAAUAAUUCUAAAAACUAAAAAUACUGAAACUUCUCAUCUCUCCGUCGCUCAACUUCCACAGAGCUUUCUUCCCCAUCCUUCCUCUUCCAAAAUCAUCGUCACCGAUCUUCCUCAAGUUGCUACUCUGACGGCACCAUCGAUAACAAGCCUAAUAACUCCAAUCCGUCGAGUAGUGACCUCCGAGUCAAGAUAUAAACCAAUGCGAUGGAGCAUAUCCGCUUGACGAAGACCCAACCAUCAUUGCAGGAAGCCACAAACCUAGAACGUCGUUGGAGCAUAUGCGCUUUAGGAGUUUACCUUAUACUCGUUUUUACUGUUAAGGGUAUACGAGGGUGCUUUAGUUGUAGCACUAACCCUAAACCAUCACUAGUGAUCAUCAUCGAGCUUCAUGCUCACCACCGUGGAGUAGUCCCGACAUUCAAGAAAACCACGUAAAUCUUUGUGUGCUCUUUAUUUUUCGUGAUUAUACUUAUUCUCAUGGUAUCUGAGCUGUGAGCUUCAAUUCAAUUAAUCAUGGGCAAAAAAGAGGAGGUCAGUGGCGCCAACCACGAACCCAUCGAGGCUAGUGCAAUUCCGAUCAGCUCCCCCCUUUAUCUCUCCCCUUCAGGAAAUCCUGCUCAGCUUUUAGGUAGUGAUUUGUUGAAAGACUCCAACUACGACGAAUAGGUAAGCGACAUCAGCGAAACCCUAACUAAAAAUAAGCUCUCUUUCGUCGAUGACAAGUUCCCACGAUCUAAGGCAAGCGCGACAUUGCAGAAAGAUGCAUGGGGAUUGUUGUGAUGCCACAGUGAAGGGCUAAUUGAAAACAGCGAUGACUCGCGAGGUACGCAACAACAUACGUACUGCCUCCACCGCUCAAGAGAUUUUGGCGAAGUUGCAUAGGCGUUUCUGUCGCCGCUCUGCUCAACGAGCCUACUAACUUCGCCACAAUAUCACCAGCCUCCACCAAGACAAGCUUUCAGUCUCGCCUUCUACACUCAACUUUGUUCGUACUGGGACGAAAUGCAGUCGAUAGGGGGAAUCCCGUUUUGCACUUGUGGUGGUUGUUCAUGCGACUUGGUUCGUCAAUCUCAGGAAAAACAGGACACUGAGAGGCUUUUCGAAUUCCAAAUUGUUAAAUUUUAUGACAGGAAAAAUGGAACGAAUGAUUAAUACAAUCUAAAUGCAAUAUUGUGAAAAUAUAACCUUUUCCAUAUUGUUAAACCUUUGUCCAUUAAUAUUUUACGGUUUAUAUAUUGUUUAUAUAAACAAAAUAAAUGAUAUUUUGUAUACUAAUUGUCAAUUAUAUUAAUAUAAAUAAUUAUAUAUAAUGUAAUAAUGACGGUCUCAUCACGCUCUCAACUCUAAGUUCUUUUGAAAUAUACGCUCUCGCGUUCUCGCUCCCGCUCUUGCUCCACGAACUGGUCACCUAAGGCCGGACUGAUCGCCCACUCCCCCGUUGCGUCUACCCUUCUCAUCUGCAAGCCAGCUGCGGAUUGACGGUUGAUUUACAAUAAACUCACCUCUUGUACCAACCUUCUACACCGAUUCCGGUUCUUCACAGUCAAUUUCAUGCGAAGUGCGUGCUUCUUCCCAUUCUGGUGACAAUUUGUCCACUUCUCAGCCCGAUCGGAAGCUGUUUACAUACCCCUCUGUCUUUGCUUCUCUCCCACCGACAAGUAGAUCUGGUCGGGGAAGCGUGAUGGAGAUUGGGUCGGGAGAUCCAUCCGUUGUGUUUGCGAUUUCCACCCUCCUUCCCGACGAUUCUGGGUUCGGUGGAUUGAUUCAUUGUGCUUUCUGGUUUUUGCCAUGCCAUGAUAAAAUCUAAAGAAAUCAAGAAAGAACAACACAAUUUGGGAUAGGAACCGUCGUUUUUGUAUUCCUAGAAAAUGGUGGUAAACAGGGACUCAGCUGCCGAACUAGUUUGGAUUAAGAUUUUUAUCAGGUGUCAGGGAACCAUGUGAUUAUAAAUUAGGCUUGAUCGAAAUGUGCCAAAACUUGAAAUUCAGCCUGUUUUACCGACCCUAUGCUAAACUCCAAUUAUUCUUUACUUUUAAACUUUCUAUUUGAAACUGAAAAAUAGUGAAAGAAAAGAGAAGACUGCAAUUCGCCAUUUGCACAUCACUGCUUCGGGAACAAAAUCAUAGAAAGUUGAAAGGAAACUAAAAAUAUUUAGGAUUGUUUUAAUGUUAAAAAUAACCAAAUACAUCUUUCUGUUUAGUUUUUUUACUAAUAAAUACCAAACUCUUCCUUAUAAAAUACACUAUAAUUUAAUCAUUAUGAUAUCAAAUAAUUACAUAAUAUAUAUUUGAAAUGAUAAACAUUGGACUAAUCAAAUUGCUUGAGAUUU